AUGAAAUUCAGAUUGAAAUGGCAGAGCUCAAACGAUGUUAUUUCGGCUUCCGAUCACGAAGAUGUUGAAGCUACUCCUGUUGCGAUGUUGAAAAACAGUGUUGAGGUGGGUUGGGGUAAACCAACCAUGAUUGAAUCAGAGGCGCUAUUGUUCAAAGCAACCCUUGAAGAUACUAAUAAUAAGAUAUUCAUACUCGUCUCUGACAGUUGUGUCCCACUAUAUAAUUUCGGUUAUAUUUACAAAUAUAUAAUGUCAUCUCCAAGAAGCUUUGUGGAUAGCUUUAUUGAUGAUGCCACAGAAAAACGUUAUUAUCCAGAAAUGUCCCCUGACAUACCUAAGACAAAUAGCAUAAACGAUCCCAGAUCAUUUUCUGGAUUACAUUGGUUAGAAGGCAUGCAGAGGUUGUUGCAUAUGAUCAGAGGCAACCACUUCUAG